UCAAACCGGAAUUUCAUGGGUUAGUUUUAAUUACUUUCCAAAGUGCACCAAAUUAAACCGAACCGCGAGCACCCUACCACUAAACACUCCCUUAGUUCAUACUCCUGCUUAGCAAAUCACCUCAAUCAAAUUAUGCAAACAUUUUCCCACCAAAUUGUGCAUAAAUUCAAAUUCAUGUACUUAAUCCCAAUUUGAGCAUAAAAUCAAAUUCAUGUACAUCUCUGUUAUGGGUCAGAUAAAAACUUGGGUUUUCUUGGGGAAGAUGAGUUUUUGGCUAUCUAAGACGAAUACUUUCUGCUGGAUUAUUCCUGAUCACAGAACAUACCAAAGAUUACACAGGGUUCCUCGGUUUUUCGGGACGAUUUCAUAUUCGAAUGUAACUAUGUGUACAAAGAUGAUCACUAGUCAUUCUAAAUGUGGUAGGCUAAAUGAUGCACUCCACCUGUUUGAUCAAAUGCCUGUUAGAGAUACCAUUGCUUGGAAUUCAAUUGUUAAAGGGUGUUUAGAUUGUGGUAAUUUGAGCAUUGCUCGGAAGCUAUUCGAUGAAAUGCCUGAGAGAAAUGUUAUUUCUUGGACGACGAUGAUUAGUGGAUAUAUGCGAUUUGGGUAUGUAGAGUUGGCUGAAAGAUUGUUCAAAGAAAUGCCUUUUAAGGAUGUUGCUGUUUGGAAUUCUAUGGUUUAUGGUUAUUUUAGCAAUGGUAGAGUUAGUGAGGCUGUUAAGGUGUUUGAAGAGAUGCCUUGUAGGAAUGUUAUUUCAUGGACUUCGAUGAUUAGUGGGCUUGAUCAAAUUGGGAGAAGUGUUGACGCCUUGAGAGUAUUUAAGCGUAUGGUCGGUGAUGGGAUCGAGCCCUCAGCAUCAGCAAGUAUAUUUCCUUGUCUGAUAACAGCUUGUGCCAAUUCAAGGGCUAUUGAGCUUGGUACACAGAUUCAUGCGCGCAUUGUGAAGCUGGGGUGCGUGGAUGAAGAGUAUAUAACCUCUUCUUUUAUAACCUUUUACGCGAAUUACAAGCAACCAGAAAAUUCUAACAAGAUCUUUAGGGAAUAUGUGCAUGAUAGUGUGGUUGUGUGGACUUCGCUCUUAACGGGAUAUAAUUUGAAUUCAAUGCAUAACGAUUCAUUGACAGUAUUUACUGACAUGAUCAAGUUGGGGAUUUUACCUAACGAGUCUUCUUUCACUAGUGCGUUGAAUUCUUGCUGUGCACUCAUGUCUCUUGAUAGAGGACAAGUUGUUCACGCAGAAGCUAUUAAGCUGGGAUUUGAGGCUUCUGCAUUUGUGGGGAAUUCACUUGUUACAUUGUAUUCUAAAUGUGGGGGCAUUCUAGAUGGAAUAAAAGCAUUUGAAGGAAUAGAAGUAAAAAAUCUUGUAUCCUGGAACUCGAUCAUUGUUGGGAGUGCGCAGCAUGGGUGUGCUAAUUGGGUGUUUACAUUGUUUGCACAGAUUCUGCGUGCAGGGGUUGAACCUGAUGAAAUCACUUUUACUGGAUUGCUGAAUGCUGCUAGUCAUUCUGGAGUGUUCCUGAAAGGGAAGCGGUUUUUCCAGUUUUUCACCAAGUAUACUUUGAUAAAAAUGAAUGUUCAGCAUUAUGCUUGCAUGGUGGAUAUCAUGUGCCGAUCUGGUGAACUAGAUAAAGCAGAAGACUUUAUCAAGAAUAUGCCAAUUAUACCAAAUUCUCUGGUUCUGUUAAAUCUACUUAACGCAUGUAGAACACACUCUGAUAUUGAAAUAGCUGAAAGAGUGUCAAAGUACAUACUUGAUCUAGACCCACAUUGCAGUGCAGCUUACACUUUAUUAUCAAAUCUUUAUGCUUCAGCUGGAAGAUGGAAUGACGUCUCAAGAGUAAGAUCACAGAUGAAAAGAAGAAAAAUUGCAAAACAAGAAGGAUCGAGCUGGCUAAAUCAGCAUGGCAGGCAUCCUGAUGUUCUAUCUGGAAACAUAUCCCAUCCUCCCAUUUAAUAUAUCACUGAAAACCUACUGUUUGGUAUAAAGAUUGCACAAAAAUGAUUAUCAGUCUGAUAAAAGUUGAAUGUGGGAUGUGGGAUGUGCUAUUACCUAUCCAUAAUGAGGAUUUAUCAAAAAGGUUUCUCUGCUAAGUCCUGCAUUGUUAAAGUGAGUCAAAGUCAAGCAAGUCAGCAGGGGUCAGCGACAAAGAGUAAGAAUCAAUGAUUAAAGCACAAGACUCGACGGAUGAAGCAGGGAUAACAACCUCCCUAUUCUAGGAAGUGAUAAGCGCCAAGACUAAGUCUACCCUCCAGCAGAAUCAACCCGUUAUGGGGAUAAGCUCAACACCGUUAAUCAAGAGGUAGUUGCCGGAAAAUAAGGAGCUCAUCCUAUCACCUUGCAACGGCUACUUUCAACCCAAAAAAUCAUCUAUAUAAAGGGAGGAUACCAACGACAAUGGACACAGGACAACCUAGCUAUUAAAAUACAUUGAUCAUAUCCUGUUAUCCUCUUUUCGUUCAAUAUUUUACAGAGUGAAAGUUUGGUAGAUCCUCAUUCUACCCGCGGUUUUUACCUUCCUUGGGUUUUCCGCGUCACCAAUUCCUCGUGUCGUUUCUUUAUUUUCCUAUUACUUUCGUUUAAAGUUUUAUCUAGUUGAUUCGUAACCUAGAUUUUGUUAUUCAAUCCCACUUGACGAAAUUUAG